CAUAAUCAAAGUAAUAAUUAAUUUAUUUCUUAUUGUUUAGAAUUUAGCACAAGUCGAUGCACAAGCAUCAUCUGCUUCUGACACGUCUAACACACCUACUUCUAAAAACGGAAAAACGUGCCACUCUGCUAAUAAGGAUUAUUCAGGUGCUCCUCCCCCGAACGGCAAGCCACCUAAUAUUUUACAACCCGUAUAAAAUGUUUUGUAUACUGUAGGUAGAAUUAUCCUCUAAGACAAUAUUAUGUGAAUAUAUAAUAAUAAUUAUUAUUUGCACUAUAUGCUAUAAUAUUAAUGCUUGAUGUACACACCUAUUAAGUCUCCAAAGUAAUAUUAUAGUAUUUUAUAAUAAUAUAAAACAAUAUUAUAUAUAAUAUUAAUAUAUAUAUAUAUAUAUAUUAAAUACAUUAUAUUUUAUUUGAAUCAAAUUCAUAGCUAAACUAAUUUUUAUCUGUGUGUACAAUUUUCCGAUUGUUUAUACUAUUUGAAAUAUCAAUUUUCAACAUCAAUGGUAAAAUAAAUUAUAAAAUUAUACAAUAAUACACUUUUAUCUCUUUUUUUUUCGGUAAACACUAAACAGUCUAAAUAUGAAUGAAAUACUCGUGAACAAAUUGCAACAUACAUGAGAACGUAUUUUUCACAAAAACUCUUAAUAAUAUUAAUAAGUAUAUACGAGUGUAUAUAUUUAUACAUAUUUAUACUGCUAUAUUACGCACCAUAAUUUAUUUAUUAUAAUUAUUAUUAUUAUUACUUUUAAUCUAUUAUGAAUCCAUUAAUUAUUAUAAAAAAAAAGAAAAAAAAAUGUGAAUCGAUUUUAGCACAGCCUAAAAUGUCGGGCGGUAUGUUCAGUCUUGGCGAUUGACUGUAAUCGGUCGCCACAAAAGACAGAUAAGCACGCUGGACGCGCUGCGUUGAUUAAAGGGCACGUAACGUAAGGGUUGCCAGACAUACGAGAAUUCUCGUACACAUACGAGAAUUUAGACUAUUUGUACGAGGUACGAGGAACACCUAUCCUCGUACACCUUUUAUACGAGAAUUCCAACAAUAAUAUGAUAAAAUAUUUUAUCAUGGUAUUAUCUAUGAUGAAAAAGAUAGAUAACCAUAACUUACCAUUUUGGGUUACCUACCAGUUACCAUGGGUAUAGUGAAUAAUACUGUGCACGAGAAAAUACGUUCUAUUAUUAAUAUGCUUGGAACAAAAUUAGGUAUUACACAAAAUAAUUCAAGAUUGUCUCAUUGUAUCAGUUCCCACUUCCCACUAUCCACAACUGUACCUGUUACUAUAGUUAUUAAUUAUUAUAACUAUAAAAAUAGCACCAUAAACCCCUAACCAAAGUCCAUAAUGCAGGAUAAAUAUUUAUCUUGUAAUAUUUCCCCAGUCCCCGCUUACUAGUUACUAGUAACAAGUGACUUCCGAGCAUCGAGCUAGUAAUUAGUCUGUUCACUGUUGUCUGUAUAUACUACUCUUUACCAGUUUACCUACUUGUAAUUUAAUACUUUAUUCGUCUGCUUAAGUGUCUUCUGUAGUUGUCAUAGUGUUUUAGUGUCGUUAAUUAAAAAUAUGUGUAGCGAAGAAGAAGAUAUCCAUUUAACACCACCCAAAUUAACAGUUAAAAAACAAAUAAAACACAGGGCACAGAAGUUUCGGUCAGAAUGGCUUAAUGUUGAAGAAUUAAAAAAAUGGUUGUGUCCUGUUAAUGACGAUCCCUUUAAAGCUAAGUGUAAAUUAUGCAAUUGCACAAUGGUCGCCGAGUUGAUGAACAUUAAAUCGCACGGUAAAGGGAUUAGUCACAGGAAAAUUGUAGCUUGUAAGGAAAUUAAAAAAAAGCCAUGUAAAACAGUAGCAUCUUUUACUACAAGUAAAACUGACUCGAAGUUUGAUGUUGAAGUUAAGUCGGCAGAGAUCAAACUAACAGCGUUUAUAGCCGAACAUAACAUAGCAUUUUUAGCUGCAGACCACCUAGUUGAUGUUUUGAAAAGUUGUUUUCCUGAUUCAAACAUAGCUAAAAGUCUAAAAAUUAAGAGAACAAAAGUAACUGCCAUCACAACAAAUGUUAUUGGAGCAGCUCAAAAAUAUAGUUUGACAGAAUACUUAAAAACUGUCAAAUUCAGCAUACUGACUGAUGAGUCUACCGACAUAGGUACUAUAAAGACAUCCUGCGUUGUGCUGAGGUAAAUAAAUUGCAUAUAAUUAUUUACUUAAUAUU